AUGGGCGAUUCCGAAAGUGUUAAUCAAGACCAUGGACGAAAUACAUUUUUGUCCCGAGUUUUUGGGUUACAACCUGAUGAUAUAACGACUUCUAUUCGAACUGGUGAUAUGAGUCGGUACCCAUUGAAUGCUUAUAGUGGCGGUUCCGAGAUGUUUAGUGGGUCUCCAACGUCUAGUAGGAUUGAUGAUGAUGAUGAUGAUGAUGAGGGUCGAGUUCCUGAGUCUGAUCAACAGUCGAGCUCUGGUGAUAAUUCUGACGACAUAAAGGCCAACGAUGACGUGAUAGAGGAUGUCGAGUUAACUGAUGGGAAUGGAGAUAAUUAUACCAAUUCAAAGAUGAUCAAUACUAAUUACAGCAUAUUUGGUUCUCUACGGAAGGUAGGGCAGCAGUCUAGUGACGAGGAGGAUGAUGGGUCUCUUUCCAAUGAAGAAGAGGAUAUUGAUGAAGAAGACGAAAUCGAUGAAAUAGAUGCAGAUGAGCCCUUAUUUGUUAAUUCUACUUCUCAGCGUAAGCAAAAGAGGAAAUCAAGUGUUAAUUUUAAAAAUGGCAGUGAAAUGUCUUCCCUAUUGUUUCAGAGGAUUUUAAACAAAAAAGACAGUAAGUCAAAUGGGGAAGCCUCAAAUAAAAUGUUCACAUCUUCUAAUCAAGGAAAUCAUAACUAUAAAUACAGAAACGGGCAUGAUUUGGAAGGAGGUGUACAUUUUAACAAGAAGGAAGGGAGAAGAAACUCAUUAUUUGGUAGCCAUGAAGCUGGAGGUCAUAAAAGUCAUAAUUCUGCUCCUUCAAAGGGUCCAAACUUGUUGAAAAAUAUAUCCAUAUUGAACAAUACACCUUCAAAUAAAGUCUACACAUUAAGUCCAAAGGAACGAGCACUUUGGAAAUGGGCAAAUGUGGAAAACCUCGAUGUUUUUUUGCAAGAGGUUUACAAAUAUUAUCUAGGUAGUGGAUUUUCUUGCAUUGUAUUGCGAAAAUUAUUGAAUCUAACAACGCUGAUUUUUGUUGUAUAUAUAUCGACCUAUCUGGGUUACUGCAUAGAUUACUCGAAGUUACCAACAAGUUCUAGAUUGUCAGAUAUAAUAAUCGAUCAAUGUUACACUACGAGGAUAACAGGUAUUACUAAAGGCCUAUUAUGGGUUUUCUACGUUUUCGUAGGUUUAAAAGUUGUACAAUUUUAUUUUGAUUUACAAAACCUUACAGACAUGCAUAAUUUUUACAAUUACUUACUGGGAAUAUCAGAUAACGAAUUGCAAACAAUUCCUUGGCAAAACAUUAUCCAGCAGCUGAUGUAUUUAAAAGAUCAAAAUGCAUUAACAGCUAAUGUAGUAGAAGUCAAGGCAAAAAAUAAAAUCGAUCCAUUGGUAGUGGCAAAUAGAAUAAUGAGAAAAGACAACUAUUUAAUUGCAUUGUACAAUGAAAAUAUACUAGAUCUGUCAUUACCAAUUCCGUUUUACAAAGAAAGCAUUUUAACUAAAACUUUGGAAUGGAACAUCAACCUUUGUAUUAUCGGAUUUGCAUUUAACGAAUCUGGUUUCAUUAAACAAUCUUUUUUAAAGAAAUCUCAGCACCAAUUUAUUACUGAAGAAUUAAGGAAAAGAUUUAUGUUAGCUGGAUUUCUAAAUAUAAUAUUAUCACCAUUUUUAGUGACAUAUUUCGUUUUACUAUAUUUUCUUCGUUAUUUCAACGAAUUUAAAACUUCUCCUGGAACAAUAGGUGCUCGUCAAUAUACCCCAAUGGCAGAAUGGACAUUCAGAGAAUUUAAUGAACUCUAUCAUAUAUUCCAAAAAAGGUUAGGAUUAAGUACUGUCAUAGCAGAUAAGUACAUAAACCAAUUUCCAAAGGAAUCUACAGAUCUUAUUCUGAAGUUCAUUUCAUUUAUAUCAGGGUCAUUCGUUGCAGUUUUGAUGUCACUAACUCUGCUAGAUUCAGAGAACUUUCUUAAUUUUGAAGUUACAAAGGAUAGAAGUGUCCUAUUUUAUAUCACAGUUUUUGGUGCAAUUUGGUCGGUUUGUAGAAACUCUAUAUCUGAUGAAUAUAAAGUUUAUGAUCCUGAUGAAACGAUAAAAGAAUUAUCUGAAUUUACUCACUAUUUACCAAAAGAAUGGGAGGGUAAACAUCAUACUGAAGAUGUCAAGCAGGAGUUUUGCAAACUUUAUAAUAUUCGUCUUAUCAUAUUGUUAAGAGAAUUAGCAAGUUUGGUUUUAACACCAUUUAUCUUAUGGUUUUCGUUACCGGCAUGCAGUGAUAGAAUUGUCGAUUUUUUUUCUGAUUCCUCAACUUAUAUUGAUGGAUUAGGAUAUGUCUGCAAGUAUGCUACCUUUGGUAUCAACCAAGCAAAUGCUCAAAAAGUAAAAGGGGGGAAACGCCAUCAAGAUAUGAAAAUGAAUACGAAUAAUUUUUCAAAUGAGGUAAUUAAUGAAAGUGAUGAAGAUGUUCUUGAUAGUGACUCUGACUCAGAAAUAGAUUCUAAUGAUAAGAUGAUGCGUUCUUAUAUGUAUUUUAUGGAAGAUUAUGAGAAUUCAGAGAAUGCGAUAGGUAAAAAUCAACUUCCUCGAAAAAAAUAUAAAGAUCCAUCGCUAACGAACCCAAGUUUGAAUACAGAUUAUUCAUGGAGAAAGCAAUUUCAACCUGGACAACGCCCUGAGCUAUUCAGGAUAGGUAAGCAUGCCUUACAGGUUCCCACUAACGUUAGAAAUUUAGGAAAGAAGAGUACUUUAAACUCAGAGAAUCCUUAUGACAAUUCUUCAAACCUUGGAGAAUCCUUCAUUAAUCCAACCAUAAUGCCAGACCGUGAUCUGGGAAGAAAUGGUGUGAAUGGGGGUAAAAAAGAAGCUGGUAUGCUGAGAAUGGUUAAAGAUUAUUACAAAACAUCGGAUAUAGGAAGGUAA